UUAGCGCUAGGUUAGCUUCCUUGUUAGCCAGUGUAAUGUUAGCCUACAGCGGCAGCAGCGGCGCCUAAUGAGCAGCGAGGGGCAGCACAAGCGUCGGCCGGUAACUGGCUCCUUCGCUCAGUCUGGCGAGCGACUUCUCAUCCGCCUCGGCUUAGCGACGUGACGCGUGGGUUUCGACGCUUCUCUUGUUUUUAUCCCCUUGAACCUGUGGUUUCGGGACCCAAUGUCGCCGCAGGGAGAAACAGGCUGAGAGAGCGCUCCAUGAACGGGUGGCACUGGGAGAAAAAAAAAAGAGAGAGAACAAGAGAUACCGAGAAAAGAGAUCCCUAUCCUUUACCAUUCUUGAGUAACAGAUUACAGUGGAGCCUGACAGCCAGACGGUUGCCAUGUCGACUUCAUCGCUGCGGCGACAAGUGAAGAACAUUGUCCAUAACUAUUCAGAGGCUGAAAUCAAGGUUAGAGAGGCGACGUCCAAUGACCCAUGGGGCCCCAGCAGCUCUCUGAUGUCAGAGAUAGCAGAUCUGACCUACAAUGUUGUGGCCUUUUCUGAAAUCAUGAGCAUGGUUUGGAAACGCCUCAAUGACCACGGAAAGAACUGGAGACAUGUGUACAAGGCUAUGACUCUUAUGGAGUACCUUAUCAAGACGGGUUCAGAGCGCGUCGCCCAACAAUGCCGAGAAAAUAUCUACGCAGUCCAGACCCUCAAGGACUUCCAAUAUAUAGACAGAGAUGGCAAAGACCAGGGGGUGAACGUACGAGAGAAGGCCAAGCAGCUGGUGACACUGUUGAAAGAUGAAGAGAGACUAAGAGAAGAGAGAAUCCAUGCCCUAAAAACCAAAGAGAAGAUGGCACAGACCUCCAGUGCCUCCUCAGCCCCCUCAGCGCCAGGGCUGGGGGGCAGCCUGUCACUGGGCUCCCACUCUGGAGGGGCUGACCCUGAGCAAGCUUGGCCUCAGAGUUCUGGAGAGGAGGACCUACAACUCCAGCUGGCAUUGGCCAUGAGCAAAGAAGAGGCAGAACAGAAUAGCAUGGCCCCUCUGGAGGACGCAGAGCUCCGCUAUGCACUCACAAUCAGCAAGGAGAUUCACCAAAAGGAGGAGCGACUGCGCAGAGGUGACGACCUGAGACUGCAGAUGGCCAUUGAGGAGAGCAAGAGGGAGAAGCCUAAGCCAGAGGAGAGUGCUCUCAUGGAACUGAGUGCUGUGGACCCGUGGGGGGCCCCUGCCGCUACUGCCUCAGUAGGCUCUGCAGGGCCCUCACCACCACCCACAGUCCCUGCCCCCUCUGCCUCAGGGCCUUGGGGCGCAGCCUCCACAGACCCAUGGGGUGCAGCGUCACCCACAUCUCCCCCGAGCUCGGAUCCCUGGGGCGGAGGAGCCCCACCUACGAUAGCCCCUCCUGCAGACCCGUGGGGCGAGACGUCCCACAGAGUUAACAAUGUUGACCCCUGGGGAACCUCAGCUGUGACCCCCCCCAGUGCUGACCCCUGGGGCCCGACAGUGCCUCCAAGCACUUCCUCCUCGGGGGGGCCAGUAGACCCUUGGGCAGGGGACGGGGCCGCCCCUGCCUCUGACCCUAUCACCUCUGACAUCUGGAGUGGCACCGCCAAACACACUAACGGCACAGGAGAUCCAGACAGGCGAGAGUCUGCAGCAAAUGCCAGCGACAGCACAGGCUCCCCAGUGCCCUUCGACCUUUCAUCUCUUGGUACCUCACUUCCUGUUCGUAAGACUCCAGAGUCCUUCCUGGGCCCCAAUGCAGCGCUGGUGGAUCUUGACUCCCUGGUGUGCUCCAAACCCAAGCCCAAACAGCCGCCUCCUCCCUCCAUCUCUUCCUCUUCAGCGCACAAUCCUUUCCUCCAGAACACAGGCUCGUCUCCUGCCCCCGGCAUGGCGGUGACUCCAGGCAGUGCCAUCUCCAGUAGGGGAGUUUCUCCAACACCGCCUGCUUCCUCCAACCCGUUUGGCGUGGCUGCCCCCAUGACCUCCAUCUCGCCUCAGCCCUCAUCACUGGGCCUGAGCAGCCUCCGCACCAGCCCGGUACCGCCCAACCCCAUGCUGGGCAUGGCACCCCCCGGAAUGGGCAUGGGGUCAAUGGGCGUGAGUAUGGGAGCUCCAGGAAUGGGCCUGGGCGUGAUGCAGGCCAGCCCCAUGGGAAUGCCCUACAGCGGGCUUUCGCCUAUGGCUCCCCCAGGCUCGGCUCUUUUCAUGGGGCCUGGCGGAGCACCACCACCUCAGCUGAUUUUGGGGGGCCCCACUGGAACUGGAGGUGCUUUGGGGGCAGGAGGGUCAGUGGGGGGUGGAGGAACGACAGGAGCGAGCACCAAUCCUUUUCUUCUCUGAGGGAGUGUCCACACCACUUCCCAAGCCUGGUUCCACCCCCAACCCUGAUCUGUCCUCCUUCAACACAAACAAUUUAUGUGUCCAAAAAGAAAUGUGUGUACAUCUCUAUAUUUAAAGAAAAGCGAAAAUCAAAAUUUAUUUUCGUUUCUUGUCUCAAAGCAUUACAAUUUAAUUUCUUUCUGCUCAGAAGAUUUAAUUUUUUUCCCCCCACAUAUUAUUUAGUUCCUUUCAUUUCAACACGGGGGGGCGGGGGGGGGGGGGGCUGGGUGAAAGAUAGAGAUCUAUUUAUUUAGUUUUUAAUUCUGUUCUGUUGUGUUGUACAUGUUGUGAGUUGUUUGUUUCAGUCCUCGGCUGAAGGUGGGUCUGUGAGAGCGGGCGGACUCGGUAGCGUCACUGCGCUCUAUUUUAAACCGGAGGCACUGACGACAGAGAGAGAGGGAAAGGGGACAUAGCCACUAACAAACUGAACAGAAACAGACUCAUACCUCCCUGUUCCUCUUCUCUCUGCAGAACGAGGAAGCGCUGAAAUGAAACGAGUGCAUGAAGGAUGAUUUUAUAAACGAACUCGGGACUGAGAUCUGAACUGAAAAACAACAUGCUUGUGUUAACAUGUCAGGCACAGUGCGGGCAAUUUGUUCAGCUAUUUCACUUUUAAUUUAAUGUUAAAUGUAAUUUAUUUUUUCCACUUUUGGGAACAAAAACAAAAAAAAAAUCAUGCGCAAUGACACCAUUAAAUAAAAUGUCUUUUCUGUAUGUGAAAGAGGUCCUAUAGAAAGAUGGGAUGUUCAUGGCAGUGGCGGCUGGUGCUAAAAAUGUUGGGGGGGGGCAGUUUACCUUGCUGCAGCCCACCUGACAGCAGCUUUAAUGUCCACACAGUCAGAGUUAUUAAGAAGGACAAUGUAGCCUAUAGAUGUUAUCAGGGUUGGUAGACGGUGAAUGAUUGACAGUCGUGACGAGGCGUGGUGGUGGGUGUGAACAUGAUUGACAGCCGCGAGAAUUGUCCAAUCGCAUUAGAUCAAAACACAUUAAAACAAUACCAAUUCACUGCCAGUAAAAGUGGGAGUGUCUGGGGCGGCGCAGAACAGCGCCCCCUGGAAAAUCUGAAGAAACCAAUCAGACAGCAGCCUCAGGUCACCUGCUCGCCACAAGUUUGAGGGCUUACAUAAGGUAUGGUUUGGCCGGCGCCCCUCACCCAGGAAGUAUAUGUAUUCAGACAGGAAGUAUAUGUAUUCAGACAGGAACCAACCAAAUACCAUUUGAACCAGUAUUUAAUGGCUGCUGACAGGCGCUCACAGACUGACAACACUUUUAUUUCAUCAUUAUUUGCAUUACACAACUACAUUAUAUUUAACAUGUUUAAGUAGAUUUUCAUCUCUUCAUAUUUGAAGGGGGCGGCACCCAGCGCCCCGUACUGGCCAGCCGCCACUGGUCCAUGGUUUGAUGGGGGAGAGACGGGGUGUGUAUCGGGUGUGUGUUUGUGUGUAGGCGUGAGUGUGUAUCGCUACGUGAAUGAACACAAGUGCUGAUUUGUGAGUUUGAGAGAAUGCAAGAGCACAAAAUGCCUGCGCAGCAACAUCUGGCCACUAUUCCUCCUACGGCCCAGCUGUUUUCAGUGACUCCGAGCUACAUACUACAUCUGGGGUUUUUUUUUU